AUGAGCGAUCACGAAAACUCUAAUAUCGAAGAAGUCAUUACUAAGAUUAAAAGCCUACCUGUUGCUGAAAGAGUCAAAGCAGUAGCUCUCUUUUAUCACUUAAAACGCAAGCAACAAUACGAAGAAGAGUUGGAAGAACAAGUUCAGAAACUCACUAUCGAAUAUGAUCACUUGAAUCUCCCUCUCUAUUAAAAAUAAAACGAAUUGAUUCUUGGAUAAAGAGCUGCCACUGAUAUUGAACUAUCCAAUUCAGAUAAAUUUUUAAGUGAAGCAGAAAAGGCAAUUGUGCAUGAAAACAAUACAGCUGAACCCAUAGAUGACUAUUGGUAUAAGGCACUCAAAAAUUCAGUUGUUAUUGCUGAUGUAUGUUAAGAAAACGAGAAGGAUUGGGAUGUUUUGAAAUCACUAACUAAAGUAGAAUUAGAUUUUGAAGAAAACACUCACAAUUUCACAAUCAAACUGACCUUUGCUCCAAAUGAGUAUUUUACUAAUACCGUACUUACUAAGAGAUUCAUAUUUGAAAAAGCAGAAGAGACUCCAGUAAAAAGUGAAUCAACCUAAAUUGAAUGGAAAGAAGGCAAGAAUGUCACUCAAAAGAAGGUUUCAAAGAAAUAAAAGAAUAAGAAAACUGGAGCAUCUAGAACUGUUGAUAAAGUUGUUGACUCUCCUAGUUUCUUUGGAUUCUUCAAAGACUUUGAUCUUACAAAUAAGAAAGACCUUGAUGAAGAAGAAGUUGAAAAAUAUGAAAAUUUAAUGAAUGAACAUUUUGACAUUGCCACAGAAUUUCUUGAUUCCAUUGUUCCUUGUUCAUUGGAAUUGUUCUUAGGAUUACAACCAGAAAUGGCAGAAUUAGAUGAUGAUGAUGAAAAUGACGAUGAAGAUGAUGAGGAUGAUGAUGAUGACGAAGAGGAUAAAAAGAAAUCUAAAAGAAAGAAGUCGAGCAGCAGCAAGGGUGAUAAGAAUGAAGGCAAGAAAACUGAAAAGCCAGAAUGCAAAUAAUAAUGAUCUAUGUGUUGAUAUAUAUAUAUUAAAAAACAGACAAUCUUCAUUAA